GGGUACAACCUAAUCAAAGGUUUUGGCCUCGAUUCUUAACCUUCAUAAUCAAUCGGCAAACCACCGUCGGUAGUUUAUGGGUACGAAGGCAUGGCAAACGAGGUUGCUAAUAUUGGUUUUCUGGUGGAGGCUAACGUCCGCCGUCUUCGUUCCCUUUAGGGUUCCGUUAUGUCCCAAGGUCUCCGUUCCCGAUGCGAUCUUUGACUUCCGAGACUCCUAUUGUCCAAUUCCUUCAACACAUAUUGAAUCUAUCGAAUUCGUUGGUGUUACCGUGGGAGAUGAGGUUUCAUUCCAAAAGGCGCUUAACAUGGUUUACAAGAACAGUCAUCAAUAUGUAGCAGUGCUUUUCUAUGCAUCUUGGUGCCCCUUUUCAAGAUCUUUUAGACCAAGCUUCAAUAUCCUUUCUUCUUCUUAUCCUUCUAUUCCUCAUUUCGCCAUAGACGAAGCAGCUGUCAGGCCAAGCAUACUCUCAAAGUAUGGAGUUCAUGGAUUUCCUACUUUUUUCCUUUUAAAUUCUACAAUGCGUGCUCGUUAUCAUGGAAAUCGGUCUCUGGAAUCUCUCAGUGCAUUCUAUGGUGAUGUCACUGGCAUUAAGAACUCUCUGGAUACAAUAUCAUUGGACAGAAUCAGUCACUUGUCGAAUCAUGAGAAGCAUAAUAGCACUGAGCAGGAAAGCUGCCCAUUCCCAUGGGCAAGAUCUCCAGAGAAUUUACUUCGACAAGAGACAUAUUUGGCUCUAGCUACCACUUUUGUGCUUUUAAGAUUGCUUUACCUAUUGUAUCCAACUAUGCUUGUAAUUGCACAGUUUACACGGUUGGUCCGAAAUGUGAAAUUCGGGGCUUUGCUGGAACGUCCUUUGGCAUAUCUGAAACGAGCAAUUCAGCUGUUUAAUUCCCUGAAGGAACCUUGCUGCAAGAGGAGCAAUUUGCAAGGUGCAAUGAAUGCUAGAGCAUGGGCCUCUAAAUCCCUUGCAACCGUCUCAAUCGGUGAUACCAACACUAGUCGUGCUGUGCCGAUAACCGGAUGUCACUAACUUCGGUUGGUGUGGGAUGUACCUAUAUUUGUUUCCUGUGGAAUGUUUGGCCAAAUCUCGGGGAAGCAGGAGCCCUUUUGUUUCAUGAGUUGUCAAUGCACUAGCUUUGGUGUUAAUUUGAAUUAUGCUAUGUUAUAUUGAGCCUGUACUAGUUAUUUAUCUUUUGUUGAUAUGAUCUAGAAUAUGAUGUUUACAC